AUGCUGCUGUAUCUUCGCGGCACGGUGGAGGCGGUGGCGCGGCUGUGGCCGCCUCUGCUCGCAGCCGCCGUCGUGGCUGCCGCGGCGGCGGCGCCUGAUCCACUGGCGGCACGGGCGAACGGCAGCAAUAAUACCAGCGGCUGCUACACCCGUCUCUUCGCGUUCGGCGACUCGCUCACCGACACGGGCAACUUCAUUAGCUACGCCGCCGCGCCGGGGCCCGUCGCGCGGCUGCCCUACGGCGAGACCUUCUUCCACCGCCCCACCGGCCGCUGGUCCGACGGCCGCCUCAUCGUCGACUUCAUCGGUGCGCAUGCUCAUUGUUGCUGUGUCAUCAGUUCGUUCGUUCGUACAUGAGAUCAACUACAACCACAUGCAUGAAUGCACGGCGAGGCGACUGAUGAUGACGAGCACAUAGA